UUCCAUUGUAAACAACACACAGUGCUGACUCCGACCGUAAAAAUAAGAGCAUCAGGAAAUACCAAACCUAUAACAGCUAUCGAUGUGGUUACAACGCUGGCGUCAUUGCCGCGUAACAGCAGCGGCUCGUCAAAGCUUGAGAAGCUUUGCUGCUGUUGGCAGCGAGAGCGAGAUCGAUAACAACAAUAACAACGCUGGCAACUCGCAAUCAACUUUAAUUGACGAUCGUCAUCCGUUGAAGGGUGUGCGGAUAUUGGACCUCACUCGCAUCGUAGCCGGUCCCUAUUGCACCAUGGUGCUAGGCGAUUUGGGUGCGGAAGUGAUCAAAGUAGAGCGUCCACAUUUCGGGGAUGAGUCACGCAAAUGGGGUCCACCCUUCCUGGAGCACAGUGGCGAUGCUGCAUAUUUUCUGGCACCGAAUCGCAAUAAGCAGAGCAUCUGCAUUGAUAUGAAACGUGGCCGAAAGCUGAUGCAGGAGCUAGUGAAAAUCUCAGAUGUGCUCGUCGAGAACUAUGUGCCGGGCACACUGGAACGCUACGGUUUGGGUUAUGAGCAGUUGCGUCAAGUAAAUCCCCGACUCGUCUAUUGCACAAUUAGCGGUUACGGCUCGGUAGGACCGUAUGCCAAGCGUCCGGGCUACGAUGUGAUAGCUUCCUCGAUGGGCGGCCUGUUGCAUAUAACGGGCGAACGAGAUGGGCCGCCCAGCAAGGUGGGCGUGGCUGUAACAGAUGUGGCCACUGGCUUGUAUGCCCAUGGCGCCGUUUUGGCCGCUUUGCUGCAACGCCAACGCACCCAACGUGGCCAAAAGAUCGAUGUGGAUCUGCUGUCCACAUGCUGUUCCCUGCUCAUCAAUGUAGCCAGCAACUAUUUGAACGCGGGCACAGAGGCCAAGCGUUGGGGCACAGCCCAUUCCAGCAUUGUACCGUAUCAGAGCUUCAAGACUUCGGAUGGUUAUCUGACAAUUGGCGCUGGCAGCGAUUCACAAUUCGUGGAGCUAUGCCGCCGCCUAGAAAUUGAGCAGGUGUCCCUCGAGGAUAGGUUCAAAACGAAUAGGGAUCGUGUCGAGCAUCGCGAGGAGCUGGUCAAUCUGCUGGGGCAAAUCCUAGCGAGAGAUACAUCCAAGAAUUGGAUGCAAUUAUUUGAUGGCGCCUCCUUCGUCGUCGGGCCUGUCAACAGUAUUCGCGAAGUGUUCGAAGAUGAGCACAUUAGAGCUAUUGGCCUGGUCAAAACACUGCCACAUCCGCGUGACGUCAGCGUCAAGGUGGUCGGUCCGCCGGUCGUCUACAGCGAAGCACGCAACGAUGCCCGCACCGCGCCACCAAUGCUGGGCGAGCACACGGACGAGGUGCUCACUAAUCUACUGGGUUAUGGAGCCGAUCAAAUUGCCACUCUUCGCGACCAGCGUAUUAUUCAAUGAUUCUGACAAUAUUCUAGACAUUUCAUCUUAAUUUAAAUGGAACUGAUUUAAAGUGCAUUUUAAAAAACAAAAACAAAUUUAUAUUCAUUAAAGAUGUGUUCUUGUAAGUUAAAAAUUAUAACUAACUUUAAUAAUCAUUUUAUAAAAAAAAAAUUUUUUUUUCUGCAAAACUAUUAUCCAGAAAAUAUAUUUAAAAAAUAUUUAAUCGCCCUGUGCACUAAAAAUAAAAAGUAUAAAUUGAAAAUAAAAGGCAA